GACGAUUUUGAUAGCGAGGCUGAGAUGAUUUCAACAUGGCGACUUCGAAGAGCGCGAACACUUACAAUCGACAAAACUGGGAAAAUGCGGUAAGAAAAUGCAUUGUUUGUUCCUCUCAGUCUGAUGAUACAUAUACUUUGCCAUCACUCUUUAUAUGUGUCAUGUUGAAUCAAAAUGAUUCCUUUUGGUGUGGAUCAAUUUUCGUAUGGACAUACUGUUCGCGUGCACAGAAAGCUUAAAGCUUUCACAUGAGAGGAUACUAUCUACAUAUACAUCUACAUCUACGGUAAACUUUUCUUGCAAACCGUUGACCCCGUUAUGAACUUGCUCAUAUUCUGAGUAAUAGAGCUGCUAUUUUAAGAGUGACGAGACGGGACUGUACUAACGGCAAACAGAUUAGAUUGCUCAUCUUUUUCAUAAAGGGCACUUAAAAUUUCUAUAGCCAGUUCCAGGACAAGCCCUUUCGCUCGCAUUUAUUUACCCACGCUCACUAUCUGAACGCCUGGAACACAAAGAAGGCUUAGCUUUUGACGAAUCACGUCUAUUCUCGAUGUCAAACUUUGCUGCAUUAGUAAGAUUAAGUAAAUUGCUGCAUCAGUUUACCUAAGUAACGUACAUUUUAAGUUGUGUUUCUAAAGAAACACUUGUAAUGUUUCUGUCUAGUUUGGCGAAUGAUAAUAAUAAUGAUAUCCUUUGUUUACCCUUGGCAGUAUUUAUAGCACUGAUGCUAGUGGGGCAGAGCAAAUCCCUGAGACAAAUAUUUCAAAUGAAACUUACAGUACAGGCCACAGGCAUUGCAACCUUACACAUGUAUUUCAUGCAUGGAAAUCUGCCAUAUUGCAUGCAAAUUCCACGAGAAAAACACGUGCGAAACACUCGUGUAGAAAAAUACACGCAAAUUAGGAAAAUUUGGGUGUAAAAUUUUAUGCACAGAUUCUUACAAUAAUUAUUUGCAUUUAUUCGGUUUACUUGAGUUCUUACAUUAUAGAGUGUCUGCUAGCUGAGUUAGUGCAGUUGUACUUGAGCGGUUGGCUUUGUUAGCAUGUAAAUCAACCUUUCGAAUAGGGUCAAGAAUACCAACUGGCUGAGGGUAAACCAGUUGGUUUUUUGCAAAGGUGGUUGAGGAUUUGAACUCGGGACUUGGUAACCGAGAACAAAUCCAGCUAGAGGUCAAGGUGGGACUUGAACUUGGAACACUAUAACCGCUCAACCACGCUGUCUCCAAACAGCUAUGCCAAACAAAGUGGCAGUCAAGCCGCCCGAGAUUUAAGUCUCCCACAGUUUAUUUGGAGCCAUGCAAGGCUUCUUAGUCACUGCACUUCUGCAUUCCAUUUUCAAGUGUUUUCUUUACAGCUUUGUUUGUUUUUGGCAUUAAUUUGGGUGAUAUGGCUCUGAGAAAGAUGACCUUUGAGUGACUUUACUGGUUACAUGUGUCUUUUAAGUAUAAAUAUGUACUGUUCAUUUAGCCCACUUUAUAUUACAGGUUAUUUUGUGCAGCCUGUCUCUUAAACCUUAUGCUUGUGGUAGGGCUGGUGGUCUAUUAGGAAUGCUGCAUUAUUUUUCUAAAUAUUGUUGACUGGUUAGAUUAAUGGCUACAUUCCCUACCUGAUUAACAGUCAGGUUUUUAAAAAUGACGAAGGGGAAGGGGCUGCCCUUGUUUCAGAUCAAAGAAAUAAAUACUCAAUAACUAGUGCUAUGUAAAAGUUCUGCAACUUAAGUUUCAUUUCAGUGGUGAUGCCAGACUAUUUUUCCACAGAUUAAAAAGUUAGACUGACAGAUCAUCUCCCAGUCUUGUUUGGUUCUGAAGAGUAAAAAAAAUGUGGUCUUUUUGAGAGUGAAAGUUUUUUAAUAUAGUAUUGACGUUAGAACAGAUAAACUCUAAUACUUGCUUUAACAAAUCACUACUGGAGAAGCAUGCAUAACUCCACUCACUUUUACCACAUCUGGUCUUAGUUACAGUAGAAUCUGACCCAAUUUUGAACCUCUUUGAGCGAUGGAAAUUGGUUAGAAAAAGGAGGAUUUUGAUUACCAUGGCAUUAUUUUAUGAGGUUACAGACAACAGCGGUAAAGUGCUCUUGCAUGUCAACAUUAUGUGUUACAUGUCAAAUUAUAUCCAGUUUAAAAUUUCUUAACCUUGGUUGAUUUUCAAUUUCCUUUGUCAUCUACCAGACAAAAAAUCGUUGUUAAUAUUAUUGUUCCUGAUUGAAGCAAAAUCAAGUGAAAAGUCUCUUGAUUUUUGAAAAAUCAGGAGUUAAGAAAAAUUGAGUUUUUAGAAAAUCAGGAUUCCACUGUGUUAUCAGAACUGUAAAUCACAUACAUGUUGUAGUUAAUUUUUUAUCUCAGGUAAUUGUUAUUUUUCCUUUGUUUCAACUUCAUCAGCAUACAUUACCAUACCCAAAAAUUUGAUGCAAAAAACUUAUCUUGUUGUACUUCUACAAAAGACUCACUUGGUGCUUGGAUGGUUGGAUCUACGAUAUACCAUAAUGUGACUGUGUGAUGCAGUUAUGAGUCAUACAUGGUUGUCCUGGUUUGACUAUGUGACUGUGUGAUGUUGCUCUAGUCAAAGACCCACAUUUCACCCUUGCUCUCCAUGGAGUGUCCAGUAGCGCAGUAGUUAGAACAUCCGACUAGAUCAUGGAGGGCCGUCGGUUCUAAUCCCAUCGGGGGCUCGGAUUUUUUCCCAGUUUCCAUUUGACGCAAAAGGUAUCAUAUUCUACAAAAACAAAAGAAAAACAAUAAUUACCUGAGACAAAAAUUAACUCUAACAUACACAUCAACAUGAAAUCUAAACUGGAACUUAAACUCAUGGAAGCAGAGCUGCAUAAUUAUUGGGAUAAUCUGUAAAAGAUCAUAACAGUGAGCAUUACACUAACAUUCCUUUUUGAUUGUUCAUUUUCCUUUUUAUCUUACUACUAAUUAAAACUAAAUGUUUUUUUCUAUUGUUCUCAUUCCAGGAAUUUCCCAUUCUUUGUCAAACAUGCCUUGGAGACAACCCUUACGUCAGAAUGGUAAUCUUUAUCUUUUUUAGCUUCUCUAAGCUACUCUAAAAUUCAAGAGUAAAUAAAGUUUACCUCUAAUGUAUGUAUCUACAUAAUGCAUGUAUGUAUUUUCUGAACUGGUGAGAAUUUAUUUUUCUAGAGUGCUCAGUGUGUAUGUAUAUAUGUACAAUAUAAUAAAAUAUCGCAGAUAUAUACACAACUAAAGUAAUGAUGAAGCCUGAAAAAAAUAUCAAACUUUAACAAGUUUUGAACACAUGACCCUGCAGUAUCAGUGCAGUGCUCUAAGAAACUGAGCUGUUAGGUCAGUUAGGAGUGGGUCAUUAUUUGGAUUGGUAAUGGGGUUACUAGUAUACUCAAUAAAGUUCAAAUAUUAUGGAUUUAUUAGUCUCAUAAGUUUUCAAUGUUUAAUGUGUCAUCACUAUUUACCAGUAUGAUUAUUGUAAUAAUAAUAUGGUGACAAUCAUCAUGCUAUUGUUAAGUAGAUAUCUAGGGGUAAGUUUUCAAAUGUUUGAUACAUGGGUCAUGCAUGAGGGCUGGCUGUGGGUGGGCGUGGCAAAUACAGUAGGGUUAGGGUUAGACAUUGGAAUUUGCACAAGCUUUAUUAAACUGGCAAUUGCUUAAUCUUGUGAAAGCACAAUAUCACAGGUUAACCAACUGCCUCGCUUAAGUGGAAGGUGGGUGCCUGGGAUACCCAGGGGCUUCCACUGUGGCCAGCCAGCCCCUAGAUAGAAAAACUGCCCCCAUGGCUGGCAAAUCCCCGCAACCCAGCCAUGAGCCCCCAUUCCAGGCACCCGUCACACUGAUCAAACAGUGGAAGGAAGAAAAAUAGGGAUGGGAGGGGGGGAAGACGCUAAAUGAACCGCUCCACAGACCACUGCACAAACGCUCGAUGAACAACUCGCAGAUCCUAGCCAUGUACAAAGCUACCACACACCAUGUGAGCCUGCACUUAUGGGAUUGACCGCUGGAUGCCCGCUACGCUCGUGGGCCGCUUGACCGCUAAGCUUGUAGACCGCUUGACCGCUAAGCUUGUGGACCGCUUGACCGCUUAACUUGUGGACCGCUCAACUGCUAAGCUUGUGAACCGCUUGACCGCUAUGCUUGUGAAUUGCUUGACCGCUACGCUUGUGAACCGCUUGACCGCUAAGCUCGUGGUGGUUAACUUAGUUAAAUUACAUUUAACCAAAUUUAAAAUCUAAAUUUCAGCAAAAUUGUAUCAAAAAAUCAUUAAAAACAGAAGCCUUUAAAAUUCAGUUAGUAAAAGACUUACUGGUUAUUCUGUUUGCAUUAUCUCCUCAACAGACAAAGGAGACAUAUGGAAGAGAAUGUAAGGUAAGGUUCUGAAGCAAUAUGUUAAUUAUUAUUCCGUGAGGGGAGGUGAAUAGUGGUGGAUAUAUACUGAUACGUGAAAUGUCGAGGUAUAUAUCUAGCAUUUUCAUCGACCCUGUGGGGGAUAGUUGUUUUAGUAUUUACCAAAUCAGUUUGAUAAAACUGAAAAAAAAGCAACAUUUUGUAAAUUAAAACCAUCACUAAGUGGGAACUUUGUUUACAAUUUACAAACAUUUGGGGGAUUUUGUCAAGUGCAAAUGGUUGCAAAUUCAGCAUAAAAAUAAUUUUCUACCUGACAUUGAACACCGACAAGCCAAAGUUUGUCACUUUCUUAGUAUUUGUUUGUACAACUUCUUCAUUUAUAGCACAAAUUUUGUCUUCCGAAAAUGUCUCGAAAUGAGAUUCCAUCUUGGCUCCAGUCGCAAAACAGUGAAUAGCCAAGGAUAUUCUGAGUUACGUGAGCCAAUCAAAACGUGUUUAAAUUGCUAUUCACUGAUUUGGUAAAUACUAAAGGGUUAUAUGAUAUAGAUGGUUAGACGGUUAGAUUUUUGCCCGAUUUGAUAUUUAAGCACUGAUAUUUAGCUAAUAAUUAUAUUUGAAAAAAACAAACAAACAAACAAACAAGAACUACCAGGACUCUCGAACUAAGAAAACUAUGAGCAUUGAAAAUAUUAUUUUGUCAAGAGGAAUUACCCAGUAACACAUGAGAUAACUAAGCAGCAAUGGUAGUUAAUAAUUGUAGUCUUGUAGUUUGUUUGUGUGUUCUGGUCUCCAAUGUGAUUCACACAUUCAGGGAACAAUGAAUAUUCCCAACGGAGUUCAGGUUUUGAUGGUUUCUUUUUUUUCCAGUUUGGCAAUGAUGUAAAUAAUGAUGGUGCUUUUUAGAAAAUUGAUCAGCAUUACUUUAUGACACAACAAGGAAAAAUGCCAAAUCCCAAGAGGCAGCAUAAAAAAUUCUCACUGAAAAGCUGUUUUUCUGUUGUCAAGGUUCUUGAAGCAAAAGGAAUACAAAAAGUAUUUGUUAGAAGAUUAAAUUUCCGGUCAAAAUCUGGACUGUCAAUUUUUACUGCCAGUUAUUUGGUUAUGGUGCAGUUUUUUUGUCAUCAAUAAAUGUAAUGAUGAAACUACAAACCUACUAUUAUAAUUUUUUUUUAACUUUCAUUUAGAUCUGUGUACGACCAUUUACAGUGUUUCGUUGGUGUCCUGGUGCACGUAUGAGAUUUAAGAAAACAGAAAUCUGCCAGACUUGUUCAAAAUUAAAGAAUGUUUGCCAAACCUGUCUGCUGGACCUUGAAUAUGGUAAGUUUGAAUGGCGAGAAUGGAACCUACACAGUUUGUGAAAACAAGCCACAUUUUUGCUGUGUGUUACCUGAGGUUUUCAAUCUACAACUAUGUUUUAAGGGUGUCUUAGGUCAAUAUUAUAAAGAAAAUUCAGAAUUACUUUUUUGCAGCAAAAUUCAUUGUAUCGCACUGUGUGUUUUCCUAAAGUUGAAGGGAUUUUGAGUUUUUCUGUUUUGUCAGUCAUCUUAGCUGACCUCUUAGGAAACACAUGGUUUGUAAUUCGUGAUUGGUGGAUUUUGAUCAGUUUUGUUUGCUUCAUAUUUCAAGGUUCGUUGCUUUGUGAUCGUCCUGUUUUGGGCAAUAAUCGACUGGUUAAGUUUGCUUUGCAGAUUUUUCUGAUCUUUAGUAUUCUUGUCACUUGCAAUAAUAAAGCAACAUUUGCCUAUUUCCUUUGACAAAAAAUCCACUCACCAUCAUGAUUUCCUUCAACUAGAGUCAUUCUCAGCCAUACAUUACAUUGUGAUUUGUAUUAACCUCGCCUUCACCCAAAUGCUUGAUGGAACAGGUAAACCCAAAAUCCUCCAAAGACUGCAAUAUGUGCAGUGUGAUACAACGAAUUUCACUUUAACGUUAGCAAACAAAAUUAAAGAAAACAAAAGUACAGUCAAAAUUGCCAUGGGAUCUCUUCUGUUGACUCGGCUUAAACUACAGGGCACGGUUCCUGAUAUGUUGAUUAGCGUAAAUCCAGGAUUAAAAUUUUGUUCUGUUUUUUGUAUUUUGCAUUCCUAUGCAUUGCUUAGGGUAACAUUUUGUGUUAUUACUACUGUAUCUCGUAGUAAAGGCUCAACAGUAUAUUGUAACCUUGAGUUGCAUGUUCUUAGAUGAGAAAACCAUGCUUGAAAUUUGGCUUAUUCCUGGGUUAAACUUAACCAUCUUUCGAGGAACCGGGCCCAGAUUUAUAAUUUGUUGUACAGUACAACCUCGAUUUAACAAACCUCUAUAUAACAAAGUCCUCAGUAUAGCAAUGAUUUUCUUUACCCCAGUAAUAGUAAAAUAUAUGGAAAAGACGCUCGAUAUAACAAAACCUUGUUAUAGCGCUCAAAUUUUGCCAGUCCCCUAGCCCCUUUGUUAUAUCAUGGUUCCACUGUAUUUAACUCAGGUUUUCAUUUUAGUCUGUUUUCAAAUAACAAAUCCCUGUGCUUGAAAUUUCCAUGUAACUAGUGAAAACAUCCAGUCUGUAUGUAUAUGUAUAUUUCUGUAUGUUAUUGUAUUUCUUUCUUUUUUAACAUGUAAUUUUAUUUAAUUUCGCCUUUUGUCUAAUGUUUUGUCCAACCUGGAUUAGCAUGAUGGCUAUUUGGGGGACAUACAGUAGACUGUAAAAUUUUGCUGUUUGUUGAUAAAUACCUUGUUGUUUGUUGUUUGCACUUCAGAAUAAAUUAUUGUGGCUGGGAGUUGUGGGGUCUGAUGUGAAAUUUGCAUGCUCUUUCUUCAAGAUUUUGUAAAAGAUUGAUAUCCUCUUAGCUUAAUAUGAAUUUAUUUUCAUUUCAAGGUUUGCCUGUUCAAGUGCGAGAUCAUGCCCUUGGCAUGAAAGAUGAUGUUCCAAAAUCUGAUGUUAACAAAGAAUACUAUACUCAGAAUGUGGAAAAAGAGGUUUGUGUUUUCAACAAUGACAACACUAAUCUUUAUUUGUACUCUUUCUUGCCUUAUAAGAAAAUUUAACAGUGAAAAUAUUGAAAAUAAAGCACUGGCUGCCAGGAAUAACCAUAGGUGAUCCUCUUAGUUAGCAUAUCAACAAAAAAUGAUACAGAAAUUUGCUAUUAUUCAGAAAAUGCUCUUCUUUUUGUAGCAUACAUGUAAAUCCACUAUUAAGCCCCCUGGUGGGCUUAUCUGUCCCAAGCAGGUUUGAAGGGGGAUUGAUUGAAAGUUGGCCGUCAUUCUGCUUUCAAAUGACCAGAAGGUGGUAUCAGUGCUGUUAUCCAUACAGAACUAGAAUGUUGUGUUUAUGAAGUCAGUCAUUUAUUUAUUGGUUGUGGAAAAUAAGAGCUUUUAACUUCUCCUGAAAAGGAGGGCUUAUUAAAGACUAAUAGAGGAUUUAUGGUACAUACUUUCACUUAUGAGCUCCUGUGAUUGCUUGACAAUGCUAAAUCAAUGAGUAAAGCAACAGCUUUCUAUAGCCAUGAUGUUCAGAGUUGCACUUCAGUGUCUACCAAAUAAAUUAUGGUCAUAGUUAAUCACCCUACAAAGUUGCCACUAUUCUGCAUCUUUGUCUUUUUGACCAAUGCAAAAUUAUGAGUAUUAACCUUUUCCUGACCUCUUUUUUAAGAAAUUAUUAAGGUCAUGGACAUUGGUAAAUUUCAUUUUGUUUUGAUUUUGUGGUCAAUCUCCAGGAUUUUGUGGUACAAGUCUGGUUGCUGGUUUAGGGUUGUGAACCCUGAUAAUUGUCCAAUUGAUAGAGAUUUAUACAAUAAACAGUGAUGUACAUGUGUCCACUUUGUGAAAAGUUGGGUCCAUUGUGAAGUAGUCUGAAAAAACAGCCACCAUUAAUUUUCAUGAUGCCACCACAGGUUUCCCUGCAAACUGAUGUCUGAGGAAUGAGUGCUGAAAUUACAUACUGAUGAUGUUUCACUAGCAAGAUUUAAGUAGUGCUUCUGCACAACCAUUCUGAAGUACAUUGUACUUUCCAGAUCUGGUUAGUGAGACCUCAUUAGUAUGGAAUUCCUGCGCUUGUUCCAUAUACCGGGAAACCAUUGAUGGUGUUGCAAUGUCGGCUGUUUUCUCAGGCUAACUGACUGUGUACAGCUUUAGAACUAAACUUUGCAUUUUGUACCACAGUUGGCCAACUCAGAUGGGACAACACCUGGUGGAACACUUGGAAAAGCCAAUGCUCCAAGUGACUUGUUACUUAAACUUGCCAGGACCACGCCCUACUACAAAAGGAACAGACCACAUAUCUGCUCUUUCUGGGUGAAGGGAGAGUGCAAGCGAGGGGAUGAAUGCCCUUACAGGUAUGGUAUAGUGUGUUUUUGGAUGUUUUCAGAUUUACACAUGGUUCAUACAAUCUUGAAAAGGUCUUGAAUUUUACUAAUCAUCUUGAAAUGUCCUUGAAUUCGGUUUAGGUCCUUAAAAAGUACUUGACUUCUUUAUUAGGUCUGGAAAAGUCCUUGAAAUUCACAACCUUGUGUACGCCAGACACCCUUUUCUCUAAAGUUAGAUUAUUUUACUGAGAAAAAUUUUGGCUCAUCCUCGAUAUAAGUACUGGGUAAUGUAAAAACAUUUUUGUGCAUGAACAAUACUUUAUUUUUGUUUCUUUAUUUCAAAUGCUAUUUCUGUACCUCAAGCUACCUCAGAUGCAAUAAAUUGCAAGUCAUCCCAGUCAUUUUGCAAAGUCUUGUUGUGGAAAGUAGUAUAAAAUAAUGUGAUCAACAGUGGCCGAAGUAAAAACUGUAAAUUACUCCAUGACAUGUUUUAGCCAAUAGGGUAAUCAAAGGGGGUUAAAGAAUGCCAAUUUAUUAAAUAAAUCUUAGUCCUUAAAAACUGUAAUUUUUCCUUGAAAAAUCCUUGAAAAGUCCUUGAAAUUUGUUUUUCUGAAGUUGUACAAACCAUGUUUUACAGCAACAGUGGAGUUCAAAAGAAUAUAGGUACAGAGUGAAAAAACCUUGCGAGUAAUUGUUACAUAGGAUUCUGCUUCUAAUGACAAUUUUUGGAUAGUCUUUGGGUUCAUCCCUUUAUCUCCCUACUCCCCAUGACAAUGUUGGGAACUCCAAACAGACUCAUUUCCACCCAUUUCCCCAAAAUUCGACAUUGUUAGGGGUGGCAGGUAGGUUGCCAGUUUUACUAAUAUCACAGGGAAGUUCCCAACACUUUUGACCUCCAGUGAAGUUGUUGUCAGCUUACGAGAUGGUAGAGGAAUUUAGCUCUGCUCUCUUUUACUAUUAAUUUUAGAGUUAGUUACUUUACGUAUUAUAAUUAUUCUAUUAACUUAUUGUUUAAUUCAUUUUUAAUAGCUUUUUGUCAUAUUUAUUCAUUAAAGUCAUUAUCAUUGAUUUUUUGCAUUAUAUUUAAAUGAAAUUUUAAUGUGUUUGUUGUAAAUAAAUUAUUCUGAAUAUCUGAAACACAGUAAGGUCCUUAAUUCGAGUUGACCAACAGGUACUCUACAAACACUAGGCUAUCAUCUGUUAUUUGCUUGCAGACAUGACAUGCCCACAGAUCCUAAUGACCCAUUAGCAGAUCAGAACAUAAAAGACAGAUACUAUGGAGUCAGUGAUCCUGUAGCUUCACGACUACUAAGCCAGGCUUCUAGCAUGCCGUCAUUAGAACCUCCCUCUGACAAGUCAAUCACCACACUUUAUGUUGGAGGGCUGGAAGGAAAGGUGGAAGAGGGGGAUUUAAGGUGGGUUUUAAAUACAUAGGCCAUAUACUAAUACCUGUAGAAAAUGUUAAUCAAAAGGUAUUAAGUUGCUUGGAUAACAUAGAUAAUAAACUAGUCUUGUCCAUUAAUCUUCCAUGAAAGUUUGCCAAUAAUUUGUUUGGCUCACUUGACCAAUGCUGUAAUUGGGGAGGGUUGCAGAAGAGGGGCUAGCCUGUUUUUUUUGUUUUCAAAUUACCCUGAACUCUCUCUUAAUAACUAGAAUAAUGGGUUCUGCCAGUUGUUAGUCUGUUUGAUCUGAUGUUGCUUCAGAGCUUGUACUAAGCUUCUCCUUAGUGUAUAUCCAAGAAGUUUUUUUAACAUUCUUCCUUUUUGUCCCUUUUUCACUGUUUGAGAUACUAUGUACUAUCUUGGCAAAAUGAGUGGCCCAGUCAAAUGGUAAUUAAGACACAAAGUUUAUUGAAUAUUGAGCUCAGUAAAAACUCAGCGAUGUAUUGUGACAUUUACUAGCUAACAUUGAUUAAACAUCCUUUCAUUUAUAUUUUCUUCCUAAAUAUAACAGUGAACCCUGUUAAUGCAACAACUGUUGGACAAUGAAAUUUUGUUCAUAAAAAUGAGAUGGCUAUAAUUAAUUGUGAUAAAGUUUUCAGAAAUGAAAAUGAUUGUUGUUGUUUAAGCUUGGUUCAAAUUAAUGUGGUCAUAAUAUUCUGGUGGUCCUUAGGUGGGUUUAAGUAAGGUAAUAACCUUAACCAUUAUUUUGUGCUCAUUGUGACGUCUGUAUUCCAGGGACUAUUUCUAUCAAUUUGGUGAACUGCGAUCAAUAACAAUGGUACCAAGACAAAACUGUGCAUUUGUCUGCUUUACAUCUCGACCUGCAGCUGAAACAGCAGCAGAGCGCUCCUUUAACAAACUGAUUCUCAAAGGAAGAAGGCUUAAAAUUAUGUGGGGCAAAUCUCAGGGACAGCAACCCACCCCAGGAAAACAGGGAGGCACCCCCCUUGCUCCAGUGCCAGGAUUACCUGGAGGUUAGUUUUGAUAUUAAUAUUUUUAUUUGACAGGGAUGAUUCAAAUUUUGUCUUUGUCUUGUGCUCAUCUUGCAAUGAAGUUUGAAGUAUUCAACUUGCUAGGAUGAUCAUUCCAGAAUUUAUGCUUAGAACACUUAUAAAAGUUAUUGGUGGUACUAUUUUUAGAAUUCUGAGGGCAUUGCAACUUUCUGAAUAUAGAUAUUUACAGUCUAAAGAAAAACGACUGUGCAAGCUGGUGUCUUUUAUUGUUCCUCACAUUAUCUUAGAUUUUGGGGCUCAGAAAAUUGGAAUUUAAAAUGCAGCUUCAUUUCUUGAGAUUUAAGGACACUAAUCAACUGUGUUGUUUCUUUAGUAACAGACAAAUUUAAAAAUGACUGAAAACUUGUCUAAUGUAAGUUACAAGGGUAGGUUAUAUGUUUUCUAACUCCUGUUCAUGGUUUUUUUUUUUUCAGCUCUUCCUCCACCCCCAACAGAAGACAAAAAUCAAACAAACUUCUUCAACCUUGGAACAUCUUCGUCAGCACCACCGUCAGGGCCACCUCCCAUUCCACUCACAUUACCACCACCCCCUGGGCAGGUUCCAGGCAUGCCCCCUCCUCCCCCCAUAGGGCACCCUUUGCCACCUCCCCCACCAGGGGGAUUCCCACCUCCUCCCCCAUUUGGGCAUCCACCUUUCAGACCUCCUCCAAUGCCAUUUUAUGGUGUUCCUCCCCCUCCCCGCAUGCCUCCACCCCCAAGGCAUGGUAUGCCUCGCCCACCACCUGGUCCACCACCCAUACACUAUCCAUCUCAGGAUCCUCAUAGACUGGGUGCAGGAAAGGGUGCAGAAGGAGGUCCUCCCCCAGCAGCUCCUGCUGCAGCUAGCUCUUAGCUAGAUAAACUGUGCUCAAGAUUUAAAACCAAUACCAUUCUGUUCAUAAAGUUAACUUUAUUAAUAACAUCUCUAAAGGUGCCUUUUCAUGCCCCUGUUGCUGUUGUUCAUCAUAGUUGCUUAAGCUCUCAAUCAUUAUUAACUGAAUUAUUUCAAAUCUACCUACCUGGUUAAUACACUUAAGAAGAAUAUCAAGAAUAUCUACAACUGUAAUACAGUACUACCUUAUGAUAUUGCGGUUCAUAGCCCACCUACCUAACAGGCAUACUGCUGUCAUUCUCAAACUCGUCAACAGGUAGCUUAGGCAAAGUUAUUUCUGAGUAAGUGCACUUUUUGCAUUUCUUAGCAUCAAGGCAUUAAAAAGGGGGGGAAAGGCCUCACUUCCGGUUGAUGUUUGUUGCUCAAUAUAGGAAAUCACUGCACUAAAGACAAGCUAUGCCAGAUGCUAAACUAGAUUGUUACAUCUGAUAUCCAUACGCAGGGAUGUGAAUGAGAUUUCAAGUUGCUGGGUAUAUAUGCAAUUAGUGGGCAAGGGGGGGGGAUGUUAGGUAGCUAAGAAAUACUUUUAGUUCUAUUUUCCCUUUGUUUUCUACGAAAGAAGAUGGGGGGGUCUAGCUCAUAGUAGCCUAGGGAAAUAUCUGGUUCUCAGCCUUUAGUGACAGCCCUGCAGACACCUGAAAAAUGCAACUGCAUCUCAUGAUGUACUGGUCAAUUGCAAAAAACUGCCCUUCCCCCACCCCCUCAAGCAAACCCCUGGCAUUUGACUUUUUUGAAAAAAUUUGGUCAAAUUCCCGGUAUGUUGGCAGUUUAGAUGGUCAAAUGCUCCACUGGCUAGCACUUCAAAGAGUGUCAAAUCCCCCACCCACCAAUGACUGUACAAGAAUUUUCUAAUGCAUCAAGCAUUUUUUUCAAAAUGUAAAUAGCCUACAAGACACAACCAAAAUAUCUAAAGUCUCGGAAAGCUGUCUUACAUAGGUUUUUUCAUUUCAUUCCAUAAAGCCCACAUCUGACAUGUUUUUUUCAAAGCCUUGCAAAUGCACCAAAAAAAAUAGUAAAGAAGCAUUGACCCAUGAACGUGGUACACAUGCUGAAUGUUGAAAGAAUUACGAAAUCCCUUUGCUUGUGAUACUGACAUGAAAGUCAAAUGACAAACUGGGCUGGCCUAAUUUUGGGUCAAAUUCUCCACUGUACUGUGCAAAACUCCA